UUUCUACUCCAUUUUACAUUUCAUCUCACUCUUUACUCCAUUCUAAGGUUCAUCUUACUUUCUAUUCCUCUUGAGAUUCGUGCUGGUACAUCUGACCCAAGUAUCACAUUUGAAGUCCUUUACUCACCUUCGCAUCUAAGCAUCAUCAAUAUUGCUGGCUCAAUCGCCAUCAAGCCUGAAUAUCAAAGCCUGAACACCCGUCACAGGCUACCAUGACCCCUCCACCAAAUGAAACAGCCCCGCGAGCUCAAACAGGCGCAAAUGGACCUCAACCGAUGAGGAUUCGGCGACCAAAGGUGGCAGACCCUCUUGUACGACCGAAGCGAAGACCGAUAGCAAAGCCGUCUACUUUGACAUCUGCAAAUGGUGGCCUUAAGCUCCCUCAAUCCAAGCAAGCCACGCCUAGCACUUUGUCGACGGUCAGAUCCGAGAAACCAACCAGGGUGAACUCUGGAAAUGACUUCUCAAUAAAUGGGUUUAGUGGACCUUUGUUAACGGAAACAUUUGUUGAUUAUCCUAUCGUGACGACUAAACGAGCGAUAAGAGAAGGGCUGAAGCAUCACAUUGCCAGAUUCUCAAGUAAGAAAUCAGUCGACCCUCGGGACGAAGCCCAGUUCACUCGACCUGUGAGGCUUCAGCGUCGAGAUCCCCGGACACGUUCGCAUGAAACUACCGCUGAAAAAGGCUUGGGCAAUCAGCGCACAGGCUCCGAGUCCGCUAACCAGGGUGACGACGCUGACCGCGAGGAGUUGGAGGCUAGAAAGGCUGCCCGAGAGAAAGAACGUGCAGACAACAUGGCUCAAAUAGCCCCUUCCAUGGGCUCGGCGCCGAAAAGAGCAAACGCUCCCAAACAGAAGACGCAGCAAGUCUCUAGGACUGAUAUGACACCCGAAGAGAUUGCCAAAACACGCAUUAAGUAUGAAGAAGCGUUGCCGUGGCAUCUGGAAGAUUUCGACAACAAGAAUAUCUGGGUUGGCAAUUAUGAAGCUGCUCUUUCUGAAACCCAUGCAGUUUUUAUCGUCGAGAAUACGGGGCAGAUGAGGAUGGUUCCUGUAGAGAAAUGGUACAGGUUCAGUGCGAAGAACCAAUUCAAAGCCCUAACCAUCGAGGAAGCAGAAAGGUUCAUGGCGAAGAAGGUGAAGGACCCGAGAUGGUUCAUGGAGAAACAACAAGAAAUGGCUCAGCGGAAAGAACUGGAACAGUUUGCCAAACAGCAAAAAGUUUAUGCCGGGAAACAAGGUACCGCCGGCGGCGCCGAAGGGUUGGAAGCCGAUGACAUGGAUUUCGAAGAGGAUCGCUUUGCCGAUGAUGAAGAGCAUGACGACCUUUUCAACGAAGAUGAGGAAGCAAAGGCGGCUGAAAAGAGAAUUAAGCAAGAUCAGUUGAAGGCGAAUGUCUUCAACCUCAAAGAGGAAAAGGAUUACGAGGAUGAGGAAUUGAGAGAGAAGAAAGAGAGGGAAGCGCGUCGAGUACUCGGCAAAAAGGUACGGAAGGCACUUCAGAAAAGAGAGAAGAACUACGAUUACAGUAGUGGCUCGGACAUCAAUCCAUACUCGGACGAAGAGAGCUCCGAUGACAGCGAAGCCGAGCGGAUGAAGGAACAGGAGCGCAAGGCCGAGGAGGAGAAAGACAAGAAAGAGACUCUUUCCAAGGGCAAUACCACACCUUCUGGCCGAACAAAGCACACCGACGCUCUGAAGAAAGUAGCACCCCGAAAACGUCUGGGAUCUCCUUCAGAUGCGAGUGGCACCGAUACCUCUCGCAAGAAGGGUAAGAGCAAGUAUUCUUUCCAGGCCUCGCAGCCUACAUCUCUUUCCGUGUCUGGAACGCCCUCGGUGGCUCCUGUAAGCAAAAAACGUGUUCGCCAUAUGCAGCUUGGGGGAGCAGGUUCUGCAAGCGAUCUGGAGGGUGGCGCAGGAUCUGGUGGAGAGGUAGGGGAAAGUGGAAAAAUCAAGAAAUUGAAGCUCAACCCUUCCUCAAUGACACCACAAAGUGGUACGCCGCAAGGAUCUAGGGCAGGAAGCCCAGUUCCCUUGAGUAAUAGAGGCUUUUCCGGGAGUCGUGCGAGCAGUCCGGAGCCGUUGAGGGGUUCGACGCGCAUCUCUACGCCAGGGCCUUCAAGCAUCAGCCAAGGCUUCCCUACACCUGCUGAGAUUCAUGCCGCUAUUCCACCGACUGGAAUUCUAAGCAGCGAUUUGCUGAAGAUAUUCCGUCCUCGUAUUGGUGAAUCUAAGGAGAACCAUAGAAGAUUCAUAGCGAUUGUUAAAGAUGUCGGGGUGUAUGGAAAAGAGGACCGGCUCCUACGGCCCGGCAUUUUGAAGGAAAUUUAGCCUUCGAUGAUUCUUCACUCAACCCUGCCUACUACAAGCGUCAAUGACUCAAUUUAUGAAAUGCAAAGAAUAUUACCGUGAACAUAAUUCCCUUUCUUUCCAGAUGCUCAGAGC